GAGGCCAAGCGUGUGAGCUGGCGGUCAUGGAGGCGGAGCAGCGGUCGGCGGCCGGGGCCAGCGAAGGGACGACCCCUGGGCUGGAAGCGGCGCCUCCCGCUGCUCCGGCUCCAGCGAACGCGGCCUCGGGUCGGAACCCGGGGUCCGCGCCGGAGCCUAAGCGAAGGCAGCUCGGGACGCUGCUGCAGCCCACGGUCAACAAGUUCUCCCUCCGGGUGUUCGGCAGCCACAAGGCAGUGGAAAUCGAGCAGGAGCGGGUGAAGUCAGCGGGGGCCUGGAUCAUCCACCCCUACAGCGACUUCCGGUUUUACUGGGAUCUGAUCAUGCUGCUGCUGAUGGUGGGAAACCUCAUCGUACUGCCAGUGGGUAUCACCUUUUUCAAGGAGGAGAACUCCCCACCCUGGAUUGUCUUCAAUGUCCUCUCUGACACUUUCUUCUUGCUGGAUCUGGUGCUCAACUUCCGAACGGGCAUUGUAGUGGAGGAGGGCUCUGAGAUCCUGUUGGCACCACGUGCCAUCCGCACUCGCUAUCUGCGUACCUGGUUCCUGGUUGACCUCAUCUCCUCUAUCCCAGUGGAUUACAUUUUCCUAGUGGUGGAGCUAGAGCCAAGGCUGGAUGCUGAGGUCUACAAAACAGCGAGAGCAUUGCGCAUCGUUCGCUUUACCAAGAUCCUCAGCCUGCUGCGACUGCUCCGCCUCUCCCGCCUCAUCCGCUACAUACACCAGUGGGAGGAGAUCUUUCACAUGACCUAUGACCUGGCCAGCGCUGUGGUUCGCAUCUUCAACCUCAUUGGGAUGAUGCUGCUCCUCUGUCACUGGGAUGGCUGUCUGCAGUUCCUGGUCCCCAUGCUGCAGGACUUUCCUCCCGACUGCUGGGUCUCCAUGAACCGCAUGGUGAACCAUUCGUGGGGCCGCCAGUAUUCCCACGCCCUGUUCAAGGCCAUGAGCCACAUGCUGUGCAUUGGCUAUGGGCAGCAGGCACCUGUAGGCAUGCCUGACGUCUGGCUCACCAUGCUCAGCAUGAUUGUGGGUGCCACGUGCUACGCCAUGUUCAUCGGUCAUGCCACUGCACUCAUCCAGUCCCUGGACUCUUCCCGGCGUCAGUACCAAGAGAAGUACAAGCAGGUGGAGCAGUACAUGUCCUUCCACAAGCUGCCAGCUGACACACGACAGCGCAUCCAUGAGUACUACGAGCAUCGCUACCAGGGCAAGAUGUUUGAUGAGGAGAGCAUCCUAGGCGAGCUGAGCGAGCCACUGCGGGAGGAGAUCAUUAACUUCACCUGUCGGGGCCUAGUAGCCCACAUGCCUCUGUUUGCCCAUGCUGACCCCAGCUUCGUCACCGCAGUGCUCACCAAGCUACGCUUUGAGGUCUUCCAGCCAGGAGACCUCGUGGUGCGUGAGGGCUCCGUGGGCAGGAAGAUGUACUUCAUCCAGCAUGGGCUGCUCAGCGUGCUGGCACGUGGUGCCCAGGACACCCGCCUCACUGAUGGAUCCUACUUUGGGGAGAUCUGCCUGCUGACUCGGGGCCGGCGCACAGCCAGCGUGAGGGCUGACACCUACUGCCGCCUCUACUCACUCAGUGUGGAUCACUUCAAUGCUGUGCUGGAAGAGUUCCCCAUGAUGCGACGGGCUUUUGAGACCGUGGCCAUGGAUCGCCUGCGCCGCAUCGGCAAGAAGAAUUCCAUCCUGCAGAGGAAGCGCUCUGAGCCGAGUCCCAGCAGCAGUGGUGGCAUCAUGGAGCAGCAUUUGGUGCAACACGACAGGGACAUGGCUCGGGGUGUCCGUGGCUUGGCCCCAGGCACAGGAGCCCGGCUAAGUGGAAAGCCAGUGCUGUGGGAGCCACUGGUACAUGCCCCCCUUCAAGCAGCUGCCAUGACGUCCAAUGUGGCCAUUGCCCUGACUCACCAGCGAGGUUCUCUGCCCCUCUCCCCUGACUCUCCAGCCACUCUUCUUGCUCGCUCUGCUCGCCGCUCAGCAGGAUCCCCAGCCUCCCCACUGGUGCCUGUCCGAGCUGGUCCUCUGCUGGCCAGGGGACCUUGGGCAUCCACCUCCCGUCUGCCUGCCCCACCUGCCCGAACACUCCAUGCCAGCCUAUCCCGGGCUGGGCGCUCCCAGGUGUCUCUGCUGGGCCCACCCCCAGGAGGAGGUGGAAGGCGGCUAGGACCCCGGGGUCGCCCCCUCUCAGCCUCCCAACCUUCUCUGCCUCAGAGGGCGACAGGUGAUGGCUCUCCUGGGCGAAAGGCUUCUGGAAGUGAGCGUCUGCCCCCCUCAGGGCUCCUGGCCAAGCCUCCAGGGACAGCACAAGCACCCAGGCCAUCAGUGCCAGAACCAGCCACCCCCCGGGGCCCCCAGCUCUCUGCCAACAUGUGAA